AUGAUUCUGGACAUUAUUAGUGUGUAUGCUCCUCAGACUGGAAGUGAUGAAGACGUAAAAGCAAAGUUUUGGGAAGAUUUUGAUGAAAAUGAAGAGGUAUAUGUUGGAGGGGAUUUUAAUGGACAUGUGCCUACAUAUACGCCUGUACAUAAUGAAAACUAUGAUAGAGUUCAUGGGGAUAGGUCGAUUGGUAUUGGUAUAGGAAACGAGGAUGGCGAAACUUUAUUAGAAACUGCUUCAGCAUUUGACCUGGCUAUAGUAAACACAUGGUUUAAAAAAAAAGAGAAACACCUUAUCACUAAGCGGUCACCAUGCGACACAAAUAGACUUUUUCCUUACGAGACGAAACAAGUUAUGGACUGUGAAAGACUGUAA